UUAAUAUCUUGCGCAUUUUGUCCUAAUUGGAUCGAUUCCCCCUCAUUUCAGGGAUUGGAAAUCACGUGGUUUAAAGAACUUGGCAGCCUGGGGACUCAUGACACAGCAGGAAUCUCUCUCGCUCUAUAAAUACACGAGGAGAUAGACAACAGGAAGACAGCAUCUCUACAAAGACUGUAUUGAGGCUUUAGCAGCGUCCACUCAUUCGAACACCAUGGCUGACAGCAAAGAGCUCAUGCUCAGUAAUUCUGUGGGCAAUCCAGAGUUUAUUCACGAGCUUCUUCCAGCUGCGGAGCGAACGGCUCUUCUCUAUCAUCUGUCUUAUCUGUGUUUGGGAGGAUUCCCGAAACUGGAGAGUCUGAUUAGAAAAAGAGCUCUGGAGACUCAGAGACUGUUUGGAUCCUCUGAAGAUGUUCUGCUCAGUUGUUCCAGCACUAGUGAUAACCUGGUGACGUCUCUGUUCCCUAUGCUGAUGUACGCUGAUGAAAAUAAUGAAGCCAGUCUGCCUGUGAAAUACCUGGAGAAAGCCAGAGCCUGGAUCGAUGACAUCAUUAGAGCCAUGGAUGACAUGGUGAACAGGUAUGAUCAACAAAACCGGAGCAUGGCGUCAUGCACCAGUGAUGGGAUCGAGGAGCAGAUAGAGACCGCAAAAAAACAAAAGAAACACUUGGAGGAGAUAAAGAGUCUGGAGGACACCUUGAACAAGCUUGAAGAAGAGCUGAAAAAGAAUACUCAAUCCAUAGAAGAAAUGGAUAGAAAAAUUGAAGAAAAAAAUGCAGAACUGCAGAAUCAUAUUCAAGGUGUUUCCAAGAGCAGGCGUGAUAUGGAUAUUGUGGCCAUAGCGGUGCCAAUUAUUGGACUCCUGGCUAAAUCAAUUUAUGAGUUAGCCACUGUUCCAGGUGAAGAUGCUAAAACUGAAUCUCUGGAAGCUGACCUGUCCCGUUUCUCCACUGAAAAGCAAGAUCUGCACAACAAAGAGUGCGAGAUCCAAACCAAACAGACUGAGCUUCAGCAGCAGCUGGCCAACACCAAAGAACAGCUGUGUGUGAUUCCCGACCCCGUGCAUCUGAAGGACGUGCAGAAAUGUCUUUCUCGAAUCCAGCAGAUUCUGGUCGACCUGAAAAAGUUCUGGGAGAAAGUAGCAUCUCUGCUGGACUCGCUGAAGAAGAGGACCUUCGUUAAUGAAGAUCUCCUUGAGGAGCAGGACAUGAAGGAGGAGUUUCUGCAGUCCAUUGAAACUGCAGGACAGUAUUGGCAGAAAUUUAGCUUCUGCUGUCUGACAGCUCAGGGUAUCUUAAGCAUUCAGUCUAGAGAUGCUUAUAAAUUCCUGGAGACUGAUCCAUCUUCACUUUCACCAGAGGAAUGGAAUCAGGAAUACCAGUCUGUCAUGGAGAAGCUGAAUAAGAUCAGUCAGGAUUCACCAUCCGCCAUCACUGAGUGAAGCACAGAGAUUUGAGGCUGCUUUGUUCUUUGAAAUGCUAUAUUUGUAGAGCAUACAACAUUAUAAAAAUAUCUGUUAAUGAA